AUGGAGGUGCAGGUCAUGGCGAGCAGUGUUGGAAGGGGCUCAGUGGAUGAUAUCGUCGGCCGGUCGGCGUCAGUGGAUUUCCGCACUAAGAACGAGCCGUCGUCGUGGGUACAGGUCGAUUUUGGACGAGGAAGGACCCUACGUCUGACAGGGUACUGCCUUCGGAACAGGAACUCGAGCGCCCAGUGCCUGAUGAGUUGGAAUGUGAUGGGAUCGAAUGAUGGAGACGAUUGGGUUAUACUGGAUGAGAAGAAGAUGUGUGGAAGUCUGAGAGAACCUAAGGCGACGAGUUACUUUCCGAUAGAGAAAUCGCCGGAGUCGCGGGGGGCCUUUCGGGUCUUCAGACUUGUUCAGGGCGGAGUUAACUCUGUUGUGGGAGGGCGAUGGAUACUCGGUGACGUUGACGAGCUACUCUCAUCCAUCUGUCGUCAGCGUUACCUUCAUAAUAACACUACCGUCGGGAUAUCCUCUGGAGAAGAGCCGAUCACCGGAAGUCAUGCGGAGAUGUUGGGGGAGGAGGUGUUGAAGUAUUUGCUGAAGCAUGUGCGGACUCAACUGGAGUCCGGAUACGUGUUCCCUCUGAUAGCGGCUGUGGAGUCGACUCGACAGUACAUUACUCAGGUCGGGGAGGAUCAGCAGGAUGCCAACGACAAUUCUAAGGAAGAAAACGCGACGUCCAGUCCAGAGACUCCUUCAGCUGGACGGGAGGUACUGGGACGUAGGAUGAUGGUCGUGCAUACUAUCAAAAACCCGAUGAAAAUAAAAUUCAUACGGGAGCUGGCCAAGGACUACCGACUGGGAGGAAUGAGCAACCCUAACUUCAUCGUCAUUGAGGGGGAGGAGAGCCUCUGUGCUGACUAUGUCAACCGUGUGACGAGGUAUGUUCGGAUGGUUACGGUACGAGGGGAGGAGCAGAUAGAAGUACCGAUGGGGAAGACUCUGGACGAGAUGCGCGCCUUUCCGGUGGAGUUUACCCAAUACAAGGUUGAUGAAGUUAGUGAGAUUGCUCAACGGUGUCGGGAUGCUGGGCUCGAGGAGCUCUUCAUGACCAGCAUGAAGAUGUAUACCACUAGUAGCGAGGACGAUAAUAAGGGAGGUGAUAAGAAGACGAAGAAAAAUAAGAAGAAAACGUCGAAAAAAAGGGGAAUUGACACACUUGAGAAGCCCUUCCGAGAGAACAAUUGUCUUAACCUCCAACUCGAUGAGGCUGAGGCCCUCGAAUGUGUAUAUGGCAGGCAGCCCGAUUCCGAUUUUAUGUGGCUCCAUCGGCCUAAGGAUACUCACGACGGGGAGGCGACAUACGCUAUCACAGUAGGAGGAGAUGUGGUAGGAGAUGAUGACGAUGAUGAUGAAGACGAGGUGGAGGAGGACGACGAGCCGUAUGCAACGUUUAUCAUCACCUUACCGCCUGGGUAUCCCAGGGAGAGGAGAGUCCUUCCUGAGGUCAUCGCAGUGGAAGGCUCGAAGUCGAUUUCGCCCAAAUUGAGGAGGUUGGACGAAGCAUUGAUGGCCUCUAUAAAGAUUCAGAUCGAGGCCGGGUAUGACUACCCCCUGUUGGCUGCUUUAGAGCAAGCACGGGUGUCCAUCAACGAGAUCGCUGAAGCAUCGAGACAGGCUGAGAGGGCCCGCAGGAAGGAGCAUUCAGAGGACGACGAUGAUGCUGUUGCAUGGGCGGCGAGAGUUCCUAUUAGGGGGGCGACCAAGAAGGUCACCGUCCAUCUCUCGGCUCGGAAGAAGAAGACCGAUCAGCCACCUAUGCUGGGACGCAGAGUUAUCUACGCCCAUCACAUUAGGAACCCUGUGAAGAAGAAGCUGAUCAAGGAGUGGGCGAAGGAAUUCCAUAUGGGAGGCUGUUACAAGUGGGGUUACCCUGGUGUCAUCAUUCUAGAGGGAGACGAACAGGACUGUGCGGAAUACGUGAACUUGAUCAAUAGGUUACGAUGGAUGUACUUGGCCGUUCGAGGGGAGGAGCAGAUACCCGUGCCAGAGGGAAAGAGUGUCGAUGACCUACGGGCGUUCCCUAAGGAUGAGUUCAUCGAAUACGGACCGGACCAGAUGAGCGACAUCGCAGCAAGGUGCCGCGAGUAUGGUCUGGAGGAGUUGUUCCUAACCUGCAUGAAGAUGUACGGCCCAGUGAGGGCCACUAAGAAGGAGAAGCCGAAGAAGAACUAG